AGAGGAAAUUAGGAAAAGAUGUUGAAAGUGGAUGGGACAUACAUUACGGAAAUCACCAAACGACAUUGCGAGGUAAGCCUUAACUUGAAACCCUGAAUGUAAACGGAAAAAAGGAAGGCCAAAGAAUACAUUAGGUCAGGAAAUAUAAACAGAUAUGAAAAGGGUAAAUAACAAGUGAAAAGAACUGGAAAGGAUUGCCCAGGACAGAGUUGGAUAGAGAAUGCUGGUGUGCGGCCUAUGCUCCUCGGCGAAGGCUAACAGACAUUUUCAAGGUCUAAUGUUACCUGACAAAAUGAGGAACGUUUGAAAUUAUUUAUUCAAUACCAUUUGAUUACAAAAACAAACUCUUCAUACAUUAACCCUUUACAUAAAAUAAACAAUCCUUAUUCAUGUCUUUAAUGACAGCUAAUUUAUCAAAUCAAAUACCAACUGUAUUAAUUAUGUUAAGUAUUAUUUGUUUUAUUGGUAUCUUUGGUAAUAUUCUUGUUAUUAUUGUAUAUUCAUUAAAACAAGAUCGUUUAACUGGUACAUUAUUUAUUCUUGUCUUAGCUAUAUCAGAUUUAUUAGCAUGUGUUACAUUAAUACCUGGUACAAUGAUUAUUGAAUAUAUUGAAUGGAAUAUAGAUUCAACAUUUUUAUGUAAAUUUUAUUAUUUUAUAAAUAAUACUUUUAUACCAUUCAGUAGUUUAUUAAUUAGUUGUAUUGCAUUUGAUAGAUAUUUUUGUUUAUGUCAUCCAUUUAAAAAUAUAUUAACAAGAGAUAGAGCUAAAAAUGUAAUAUUCAUAUUAAUAUUAAUAUGUUCAAUAUUAGGUUUAAGUUCAACAUUUACUGUACGUGUUGAACAAAUUCAAUUAGAUGAUAUAAAUAUAAACAAUCAUCGUCAUAGUAACAUAACGCGGGAUUAUAAUUUAACAAUGAAAUUAAAUUAUUCAAUGAAUUCAUAUUAUAAAAAUGAAAAAUUUGAAUGUACAGAAAUAUUAAAAUUAAAUCAUACAAUGAUAGAAACAGUGCUAUAUCAGAUUGUACAAAAAAGUCAAACAUUUAGUUAUAUUUUAUGUAUACUAUGUGUGGUUACACUUUAUAUAUUAAUUUAUCGUUCAGUAUCCAAGGUUUUUAAAAAACGUUUAGAAUUAAAAGGUAUAAAAAAACAAACUAAAAAUCCUUCAGAAAUCAAUAAAACUAAUAAUAAUAAUAAUAAUGAUCACUAUAAUAAAAAAAAGAAAAUCAAUAAAUUAACCCUUAGAAAUCCUUUUCAUAUUCAAUCAAAGAAAAUACAAAAAUCACCAAUAAAAUUUAAAUUAUCUAAUCAAGAAAAUCUAUUAUCCCAUACUGAAGAAUUAGAUCAACAUGGAUAUAACAAUAAUAAUAAUAAUAAUACUAUAUCAUCUAUAUCAAAAUAUAAUGAAACAACUAAACCAUUAUUAUAUGUAUCAUCUAAUACUACUGAAAUCAAAAAUAAUAAUGAAGAAAUCAAUGAAAAAUUAAAUUCCCCCCCACAGCAACAAGAUCAACAACAAACAAUCACAUCAAAUCCCAUAGUUACUAAAAAAAUUUAUAAUUUAAUCAAUAAAUCCAAUACAGAAUCAAUAAUAAUUAAUCAAUCAAUUUCCAUAAAUCAUCAAAAAAAUUUAAUCAUCAAUAAUAAUGAAGAAAAAUUACAUCGUUCAAUUAAAACAAUAAAAGAGAAUAUAACAUUUCAAAAUUUAAAAACUGCAUCAAUGUUAUUUGUUGUAGCUAUUGUUUAUAUUGUUACAUUUAUACCAGCUAUGUUAAUGGCAAUACAAUAUGUACCAUUAUAUUUACCAAUAUUUUAUUUAUAUUAUAUAAAUAAUGCAAUUAAUCCAAUUAUAUAUGGUUUUAUGAAUCGAAAUUUUCGAACAGAUAUACAAUUACUAAUAUGUCAAAAGUUAAAAUGUUUAUAAAUGAUGAAUGGAAAUCAAGUUACCAAUUAUACAAUAUAGUUGCUAGACAAUUGAAUCUUGUUGCUAAGUGAAUUGAUUUGUAUUACAUUUGUAUCUAUACAUUCCUUGUAUUGAAAUUUGAUUAGGGAGAUGUAUUGUAUUAUUAUACUUUUGCUUUUUCAACAUCUUUGUCCAUUAUAUCUUAAUGAAUUGUAAAUAAUAACAUACAAGUGACAUAUGAUUGUUAAUGUACAUGUUUAUAUAAACAUAAAUGUUAAUUCAUUAUUAUACAUUAUAGAAAUCAGAAGAUAUUCUUUUUUUGUUUUUACGAAUACUGAGGAGUUC